AUGAACGUGGUUGCCAGGGCGUUUCGGGGCGCCGGCGCGACGGCCGCUCUGCAUUUGCCGCGCAGAGGAGUUGACGAGCUCUGGAAGGCAAUCGGCGCGAAGCAGAAGGAGGCGAACGCUGUUGCCGGAGACGCAUGGCCCGCGUGUUUGCUGCGCAUGAAGUCUUUCGAAGACCUCCAUAAACUUUGGUACAUCUGCUUGAAGGAGAAGAAUCUGUUAAUGGGCGAAAAGUGGGCGGCUCGCCAGCACAAGCAGGAAAUGAAGCAGCCAGAGCGUCUGCAAAAGGUGCGCCGGACGAUGCGGCGAAUCCUCAUCGUUCUGACGAAGCGCGAAAUCCAGCAACAGUGUCUGCGGGCGAAAGACAUUCUGGCCAAGCAGCAGAAACGGGAGGUACUGGAAACCCGCCGGUACCAGCUGGAAGAAAAGAUGCUUCAGUUGGAACAUCGCAUCCGGCGAAUGGAGCCUGCGCAGUCUCUUCAGAGAGAAGCCUGGCAAGCAACGCUUGAUCGGUACCGCGCCGACCACGAAGAUCUCCUCAUUCAGUUGCAUCCGUUGCGGAAAGAGACGACGCAGCUGCUUGCGCCGGACUGGAGGUACGAACGAAAGUAUUCGGACUUGCCGGGGCCGAUUAGGUGGAAGAAACAGUACAUUCCUGCGCUGGAAGAUCAGUACCGAAAACCCAUCCGCUUUCACUAG